UUUCAUAGCUCUCAGUAUCAUGACGAGUCCGAGAUUUUUGAAGACGACGAUCGUUUUUUGUCUUAUUUUCAGUCUGUUUCAUGGUGGGUCCUCAAACACCAUCCGUGCAGCCACUAAUGGAAAUGUAACACUACAGCCCGGGGUGAAAGGACAUAUAGAUGAAAUUCUAUGGAAGCACAAAGGCAACAAGAUGGUGGAGUGGGACAGAGCAGAUCCCAUUGAAUAUUUAACAUUCAAAGGACGGACCAAGUUAGACAUAAAAACUGGCGAUGUAACCAUUGUAAAACUAACCAAAGAUGACAAUGGAGAUUAUGAAGCAGAACUGCUUAUUGGUACAGAUUUAAAGAUUAUAAAGCACACCGUUGAAGUAAUUGAUCCUGUGGAAGGACCAAAGGUCACCUGUCAAAUAAGCAACACUACUAUGGCAACAUUACACUGUGAAGCAGUAGGUGAGUUGCUGAGUUACAACUGGUCAGGACUUGGACUACAAGCACAGAUGAAGAGUCAGACUGGACCACAGAUCACUAAGGAAAAGGACCAGAACUUAGUCUACACCUGUAUGGUGAACAACCCAGUUAGCAACAGCAGUGUGGCCUACCACAGCAAUGAGUGCUUUGCCUCAGAUGCGGGAAGUCUCCCACUCAUCAUAUGUGUAGUAUGUGCUGCUGUUAUUGUGGUUGCUGCUGCUGUCACUGGGUUUUGCUAUCAUUACUACAAGAAGUCAACAGGGCAAAACGAUGCUGGGAAUGAGAAAGGAUUUAAGAACAAAAGAAGAAUGGAAAAGAAACCAUUGCUGUGCUUGAAAGGUGAAGGUGAUGCAGAUGAGAAAGAACAAACCAGUGACUCAUCAGAGUAUCGAUCAUCAAAAAGCAUCAUACAUUGGAGUCAGGAAGAGGAAACGAAGAAUGUAUACAGUUCAGUUGUUCCUCAGACUUUAGAUGAUAAGAAAGAUAACCCAGCUAAACCUUUUGAAAUACCUGAAGGUACCCAUGAUCAGUCUUCAAACUUAGGUGAAGGUGCAGGUCCAGAUCAUAUCGAAAUAAUAACAGACGGUUUAGGUGUUCCCCAGACUUUAGAUGAUAAGAAAGAUAACCAAGCUAAACCUUUAGAAGUACAUGAAGGUACCAAUGAUCAAUCUUCAAACUCAGAUGAAGGUGCAGAUUAUGUUGAAAUAAUAACAGAUGGUUUAGGUGUUCCCCAGACUUUAGAUGAUAAGAAAGAUAACCAAGCUACACCUUUAGAAGUACAUGAAGGUAGCAAUGAUCAAUCUUCAAACUCAGAUGAAGGUGCAGGUCCAGAUCAUGUUGAAAUAAUAACAGAUGGUUUAGGUGUUCCCCAGACUUUAGAUGAUAAGAAAGAUAACCAAGCUACACCUUUAGAAGUACAUGAAGGUAGCAAUGAUCAAUCUUCAAACUCAGAUGAAGGUGCAGAUCCAGAUCAUGUUGAAAUAAUAACAGAUGGUUUAGGUGUUCCCCAGACUUUAGAUGAUAAGAAAGAUAACCAAGCUACACCUUUAGAAGUACAUGAAGGUAGCAAUGAUCAAUCUUCAAACUCAGAUGAAGGUGCAGGUCCAGAUCAUGUUGAAAUAAUAACAGAUGGUUUAGGUGUUCCCCAGACUUUAGAUGAUAAGAAAGAUAACCAAGCUACACCUUUAGAAGUACAUGAAGGUAGCAAUGAUCAAUCUUCAAACUCAGAUGAAGGUGCAGAUCCAGAUCAUGUUGAAAUAAUAACAGAUGGUUUAGGUGUUCCCCAGACUUUAGAUGAUAAGAAAGAUAACCAAGCUAGACCUUUAGAAGUACAUGAAGGUAGCAAUGAUCAAUCUUCAAACUCAGAUGAAGGUGCAGAUCCAGAUCAUGUUGAAAUAAUAACAGAUGGUUUAGGUGUUCCCCAGACUUUAGAUGAUAAGAAAGAUAACCAAGCUACACCUUUAGAAGUACAUGAAGGUAGCAAUGAUCAAUCUUCAAACUCAGAUGAAGGUGCAGGUCCAGAUCAUGUUGAAAUAAUAACAGGUGUUUCAGGUGUUCCUCAGACUUUAGAUGAUAAGAAAAAUAGCCAAGCUAAACCUUUAGAAAUACCUGAAGGUACCAAUGAUCAAUCUUCCAACUCAGGUGAAGGUGCCGGUCCAGAUCAUGUUAAAAUGAUAACAGACAGUUCAGGAGUUCCCCAGACUUUAGAAGUACCUGAAGGUAGCAAUGAUCAAUCUUCAAACUCAGAUAAAGGUGCAGGUCCAGGUAAUGUUAAAAUGAAAAAAGACAUGUUUGAAAGAAAGGCUGUGGGGGGACCAAACAACUCCAACUCAAGUUAACACUGAGGAGAGUAAUAGGCAUGACACAACAAACCCUCAACCAUAUGAUCUGGAUCAGCAGCAAGCACCAAACAUGGGGGGCAGAAAGAGGAAUCAUUACCUGAUACACGUGGUAAUUCUUCUAACACAACUGAUGGCUAUAAUAGUAAUAAUGACUAAAAAAUAAUUCAGCGUCUAUGUCUAAGUGUUUUUAAACAUUUACAUUUAAAAAUGCUGCUGAUGAAGCCACUGAUGCACCUCCAGCUCAGCUCAGAUGAGCCGCCCUCAUCACAUUCAACAUGGACAGUUCAGUAGAAUCCAAGUUACAGCAAAAGUGACCCAUGAGAAUAACAAUAGCACUAAUGGAGGUGGAUCUACAGUACAUGUGAUGCUGAAAUAAUCCACAACAAAUACAAUUCACAACUGUGAAGUGUGCAUACACUAAUGAUGAUGAUGAUGAUUAUUGUUUAGACAAAGCAAGCAUCCAGCUCAGCUAAAGAUGUUUGAAUGCUAUAAGCUCCUCAAAAGCUCACUUGAACCCAGAUGCAGAGGGGAAAACACCCCUGUAUAGAGCCAAUAGCAUAUCAUAUUUCACCAGUCAUUAUCUGCCAUUGUAAAUGGCCCAUUCUCAUGAAACUUUGUAAGCUCAUAAAUAAUGCACAUAGAGGCUAUGCACAAAAUAUAACACACAUUGGCCAAAAGGGAGCACUACAAAGGAAAAUCUCAAGAACUGCUAAACCUUGAAAUGUGAUUUUUGGUAUGCUUAUUUUUGGCCCCAUGCAGAUUAAGUGAAAGUACAGAUACAUCUUGUCAAAUAUUACCCCAAUGCAAGUAAAGUUACAAUGCUAUAUGUGUAUAUGUUAGUGCAAGUUGCUAAGUCUAUAUUUUACUUGAGUUGAAGUACUUGCUUUUAAAAAUACUUAAGUAUUCAAUGGUAUUUUUUAAGGCAUUGUACUGUAAUGUUUGUCAAUAAUAGGGUGUACAUCCUAAAAGUGGUUAUUAGCACUGUUGCACUGUGUUCCAAUGUGCACAAUGUUAUUAUAUGAUUAUCUAACCUUUGCUGUUGUGUACUUAAACCCUAACAGUUUCCGUGUAUAGUCAGAGCAGCUGAUGGAUCUUUAGGUGAAGUCAUGCUGUUUCUCCCCUGAUAUGCAUCAUUGUAGGCCUAAAUAAA